AUGGCAGUGGUCUUAAAGUUCCCGCUACAUGUCGGACAUGUCAAAUUCAUCCACAGUGUUUGUUCUGAUGUUGUUUUUGAUCAGUCUCUCUCUAGUUUCUGCUUGUGCUCUGUUUGGUUUCCAGAUAAACUGAUUGUGAUCAGAGAGAAUCUGACGUGGUCUGAAGCUCUGAGAUACUGCAGACAGAAUCAUGUGGAUCUGGUCUCGGUUCAUUCACAAGAGAUUCAGCGUCGUGUGAUGAACGUGGUACACCUGGCGUCUACUGCGGCGCUGUGGUUGGGUUUACACAACUACUGCAUCAUGAACAUGUGGCUCUGGGUGAGUGGAGAGACCGUGUGCUAUCAGAACUGGGCUCCAGGGAACGGAACCAAACCGGAAAACUGUAAACUUGAGAAAAGAAAAGGAGCAGUUCAGUCUGGAGGAGAUCAGCGCUGGAUCAGCCGUCCUGAAACUGACAAACUCAACUUCAUCUGCACUUCCUAUGGCUUCGUCAGUCACAUGUUACGAUGCUGGUCUCAUCCUCUGAACACUUUUCUCUGCGGUCACGCCGAGGCCAUGUGGAAUGGACAGAUGUUUGUGUCAGACACCUGCGACUCUCACCUGAGCUGCUGUCUGAGUCUGUAUGGCUCUAUGACCCGCUGCAUGACUGCUCAAAACACGCUGGGGGCGGGAUGGGCAGGUCAUGUGAUGCUGGUUCAGGACAGCGAUUGGUGGUGGCAGGGGUUGGAGCCAAUGUGGAUGGGGUUUGGAGACCAGCACCCGCGGCAGCUGCUCUUGACAGACAUCUUGGUCUUAAAGUUCCCGCUACAUGUCGGACAUGUCAAAUUCAUCCACAGUGUUUGUUCUGAUGUUGUUUUUGAUCAGUCUCUCUCUAGUUUCUGCUUGUGCUCUGUUUGGUUUCCAGAUAAACUGAUUGUGAUCAGAGAGAAUCUGACGUGGUCUGAAGCUCUGAGAUACUGCAGACAGAAUCAUGUGGAUCUGGUCUCGGUUCAUUCACAAGAGAUUCAGCGUCGUGUGAUGAACGUGGUACACCUGGCGUCUACUGCGGCGCUGUGGUUGGGUUUACACAACUACUGCAUCAUGAACAUGUGGCUCUGGGUGAGUGGAGAGACCGUGUGCUAUCAGAACUGGGCUCCAGGGAACGGAACCAAACCGGAAAACUGUAAACUUGAGAAAAGAAAAGGAGCAGUUCAGUCUGGAGGAGAUCAGCGCUGGAUCAGCCGUCCUGAAACUGACAAACUCAACUUCAUCUGCAGCAGAUAUUAAGAGUGAAGGACAUGUAAAUUGUUUGUG